AUGAGCGAAUUGAUCAUUUUACGCGACGUUUUUCUUUUGUUACUUUAUACACUCACCUCAAUAUUUGCACUGAUCAGUAAUGGAAUCGUUUUUCGAGUUAUAUUCCGUCGCGGACAUCAUUUAUUAUUUCAAUCGACAAUCCAUUUUCCUUUAAGCACUACACGAAUUCUUUUACUUAACCUUGCUCUAGCUGAUACGUUAUUGGCCGUAACUAUUCCAAUUCAAUUUAUAUCCUGUUCAACCUAUUUCCUUAAUCAUUUUUCUAUCAGUUCGUAUAUAUGUAUACUGAAUAGAUUUAUGCAAGUACUUGGUUAUAACGCUUCAACAGUGACGAUAUGUUUGAUUGCGUAUGAUCGAUAUCGUUUAAUACGAAAUCCUCUUUCUAAAUAUUAUGAGCCCAAACUUUUCCGUUCUCUUCUGUCGACAUGGAUCUUAUCGAGUCUAUUCUCCGCGAGUUGUUUACUUUCCACGAAGUCCCAAAUCUACUUUCCUUCAACAAGAACUUUUAUUGGUUGUCAAAUACUUCUUCCGACCAUAGCAAAAGAUUUUUCAAACGGUUACAUCCUUAAAAGACGUAUUUUUUGUGCCAUGAUAUCAUUUUAUAUUAUUCCAUUAGUAACCGUUACUAUACUUUGUGUUUUAACCAUGCGAGUCAUUUUUCGUCGAUCGACUAUUGGCGUUCAACGAUUCCAAUCAUUUAAACAAACACGUAGGCGCUCCUUAGUCUUGCUACUGAUGACAGCAAUUGCAUUUGCUCUGUCUCGUACGCCGAUAUAUCUCGUACAUUUACACGAGUUCCUUAUCGCUUCGUCGAAAACUUCACCUACACGUUCGGUGCGAGCGAGUAACCUAUGCAAUUAUUCAACAUUGUAUUUAUUGUUUUAUUGGUUAAGUAUCAGCAGUUGUUGUCACAAUCCUAUUAUCUACAAUUGGUUUAAUCGACGAUUUCGUCUUUUAGUUGUGGAUUGUUAUCGUUCAAUUCUUUACUGUGGAAAAUAG